CUCGUCUUCCUCGCUGCCUGCUGUCCGUACUUUGGCCUCCUGAAUCGUCCAUUUCCCUCCCAAAGUGCGCCCAUUUCAUCAUCUCCCCAGCAACCAUGCGCUUCCUUCAGCUGCUCCCCGUCCUCCCAGCUUUGGCUGCCGCGCAAGAACAGGUCCCCAUCGGCGACCGUGUUCAGGGCUGGUUCAACAAGGCCAAGUCCUACCUGCCAACCGCCACCCCCGUGAUCCCUACGGUCGAAAAGGUGGUUGAGCAGAAGCUUCAGGAGAAGGUGGUCACCAACUUCAACCUGAGCAACUGGCAGACUCUCCUCGAGCCGUCCUCGGAUCCCCAGAACUGGCUCCUUUAUAUCACUGGUGGAAACAAGACCUGCUUCGGACGCUGUGGCCAAGCGGACAAAUCGUUCAAUGAAUCCGUUCUCCUGUUCUCUGCCGAUCCUACCGCUCCCAACUUGGGUCGCCUGGACUGCGAAUCGAACCAGGUUCUUUGCUCCAUCUGGUCUGCCGGUGCCCCGUCCGUCUGGCACUUCCAGGUUCCCCAGGCCCAGCUUGGCGAGGAACGACCUCCCACCACGCUCCACACCGUGAACCUGAACACCACCACCGUGACCGCCGAGACGAUCUACAAGGUCCACUCCGAGAAGACGUACGAGAACAAGCCCGCCUACGAGGGUGCCUUCCACCCCACGGAUGGCUGGCUUGCCCAGAACGGACUUUUGAUCCCGGCCGGCUACAUCAUCUACGGAUUCAGUGCGAUCCCUAGCUGGCUGUUCAUGAUUGGUAUCAGUUUCUUCAGCCGUACCAUGAUAUACAUAUUUGGAUCAACGUUUGUGUGGAUUCAUAUACUGCCUUGUGAGACAAGCAGUGCUAUUCAACCCUUUUUGAGUCAACUCAACAACACUCGAGAUCAUCCUCCCAAAUCCCUCAAAAUGGCCGACCUCGAUCGCCUCCCCCCGUCAACGACGGCCUACGUGGUUGCGACAGCCAUCAUCGCCGGCGUCACCGGCUACUUCCUCGGCCAGGGCUCCUCGCUCGGCCUCUUCUCGACCAAAGAGAAGGAAGGCUGGCCGAACAGCUACAACGUGAAGGUGCACCGGGACUCGUCCGACGAGGAGGGCGACGACGAAGACGACGACGAGGAAGAGGAGGAGGAUAGCGAGGAAGAAGGCGACGGCGGCGAAUUGGCCAGCUUCGAGAACAACAAUGAAGAAGUGAAGCUGGUGCUGGUGGUCCGGACGGAUCUGGGCAUGACGAAGGGAAAAAUCGCCGCCCAAUGCUCCCAUGCCACCCUUGCCUGCUACAAAUACCUCACAGCCUACACGCCCAACUCGCCGAUCCUGCGCCGCUGGGAACGACAGGGCCAAGCGAAGAUUGCGCUGCAGAUCAAGUCCGAGGAGGAGCUGCAAUUACUGCAGGCGCAGGCCAUCAGUCUCGGCCUUUGCGCGCGGGUGAUCCAGGAUGCCGGACGGACUCAGAUCGCCAGUGGAAGUCGCACGGUGCUGGGGGUUCUGGGACCCAAGAGCGUGGUGGAUGGCGUUACGGGACACUUGAAGUUGCUGUAGAUGGAGAGGGAGGGACAUGCAUGUAUUAUAUCAUAGCGAGGGAACGAAUUUUCUUUCUUACGCCGAUUCGGUGGCUCAACGCAAUGAAAUC